AAAACUACGGAAACGAACCAUAUCGACGAGAAAAAUGGCAGAAAAACUGGCGGACGAGUUGAAGGCGAUUGAGAUAUCCGAAGCUCCACCGCUAUCCGAUUGGCCAGUGGAUGUGAUUCAUAUGAUUGUGGGCAAAUUGGAUCUUAUCAAUCGCUUUGUCCUUCGAAAAGUCUGUCGAAAGUUGCGUGAUUUCAUUGACAAAAAGGAUCCGGGAAUCAAAGAAAUUUACGUGGAUAUCAAUGCAUUUGCAUCAUCUUCGAUGCUCGUUGAUUGUAAAACCAUUUCCUAUACUGACCGUGAUGAGGGAUGCACCGUUAAAUUAUAUAAUCGCUCGGAAAAGUAUAUCGAGAAGACGGCUUUGAAUGCUAUGAAGGAUGAUUUGGCGGUGAUCAUGAAGAAUCCGAAGCUUCGAUUGGACAAGUUCAGUGUCUCCGCAUAUGGAAAUUCUAAAAAAGUUGUGGAGUGGCUUGAAGAGUAUCACAACUCACAGAAUAUUUAUAAAACGAAACGAAUAAAAAUGGAAUAUCUCGAGUCUAGUGAUGUCAUCUCUAUGCUUUCGUACUUCAAACCUAGAGUUCUCGAAGAAAUUGGCAUUCGGUGCUUGGCCAAUUUCACAAAUAUUUCCGAAGUUUCCAACUUAUUUGAGCUGGAACAGUGGAAGAAGGCAAAAUCACUUACGAUGAGUUCGAUGGAACAUUUCAACUUCCCCAUUGAACACCUCUUUCAUUUUUCAAAAUUCACUGUCUUCUGGACGAAAUGUUCAGUUGAUGAUGCAAUUAAAUUCAGAGAUAUUAUCAUGAAAUCGCCUCAUUUCAAGGCAGGAUUAAUCUUGGCUGAUGACGAAAUCGAGCCGGAAGUUGUGAGGCUUUUCGAUCCAAGCUACAUCGGAAACGAUAAUAUCGAUAUGCAUGAAUUUAUUAUCGAUGGAUUCAAUGUGCAAAUCCUGGGCUGUGCUCAAUUAUUAAUCGAGAAGAUUUGAGAUAGCGCCUUAAUUUUGUAUUGUUGUUGUUGUUUCAAAGUGUAAAUGAACACUUUCUGUUGAAAAUCUCGGUUUUUUUUGCUUGUUGUAAUUUUCAAAAAUAAAAUUCAAAAAU